CAAACAUGUUGUUCCCCUUCCUACUCCUUCUCUUCACCUGGCUUGCCAGGGCCGCACCGAGACCGGUCCCCAUCGAACCUCGACAAGCGGCGUCCUCGUAUUGGCUCUCUCAGAUCCAGCGACAAGGCACUGUGGCUUAUGGCUCGAACCCUGGCUACAAGAUCUUUCGCAAUGUCAAAGACUAUGGUGCGGUUGGUGAUGGUGUGACUGAUGAUACCGCUGCCAUCAACAAUGCCAUUACCGACGGGUCUCGAUGCGGACAAGGCUGCGAUAGCUCUACCACCGUCCCUGCAAUCGUCUAUUUUCCCCCUGGUACCUAUGCUGUCUCGUCUCCAGUCAUUCAGCUCUAUUACACCCAAUUCAUCGGUGACGCUCUCACCAUCCCGACUAUCCUUGCCUUGCCUAGCUUCCAAGGGUUGGCUGUAUUCGACACCGAUCCUUACAUCCCUGGUGGGAAUGGUGCUCAGUGGUAUACAAAUCAAAACAAUUUCUAUCGACAGAUACGCAACUUCGUCGUCGACAUCUCCCAGAUGCCAGAAGACCAAGGAGCGGGUAUUCACUGGCAGGUUGCGCAAGCCACCAGUCUCCAAAAUAUUGUCUUCAAUAUGCGCCCCAAGAGCCCCACCAACAAGCAGCAAGGUAUUUUCAUGGACAACGGCUCUGGAGGGUUUAUGUCAGAUCUCGUAUUCAACGGCGGUAAUUACGGUGCCUUCUUGGGUAACCAACAAUUCACCACGCGGAAUAUGACAUUCAACGGCUGCAACACUGCGAUUUUCAUGAAUUGGAACUGGCUGUGGACUCUGAAGUCGGUGGCAAUCAACCAGUGUGACGUCGGCAUCGACAUGUCAAACUUAAAUAACGGAGUCAACCAGAGUGUGGGCUCUGUCAUUCUUCUUGACAGCGUCAUGACUGGCACUCCGAUUGGCAUAAAGACUUCGUACAACAUGACCAGCCAGCCUACUACUGGAGGUACUUUGGCCUUGCAGAACGUCGACUUCACAGGAGUUCAGACUGCUAUUGUCGGUGCAGAUGGUACUACUCCCAUCCUGGCUGGCGGCAUGGUCGUGGGGUCCUGGGGUCAAGGUGACACCUACACCCCUGCCGCAGGAGCAAAUGCUGGAUCUCAGAAGGCCAAGCGAGAGCCACAAGGUGGACCUUUAUCCAUGCAGCCUCCGUCGAUCUCAUACUAUUCAACGACCACAACCACGCUCACCGUUUCGGCCAUCCCGCCACCGAGUGGCAUAUUGGUCACAACCACAACCGUCUAUGUUACUGCAUCUCCGACAUCCACUGGCAGUGCUUCGGUGACAUUGACAGUUUCACCUGUUCCUUCAUUCAAUGGCAGCGCUUCUUCGACUGUUUCGACUAAUAAUACAGUAUCUCAGCCCUCCGCAGAAACUCCGGGCGUGUGUUCUCCAACCCCAGUGUCACUGCAGUCGGCACGCGUUCAACAGCCGUUGACUGCUCCAACUAUGGCCGCGUCUCUUAUGAACGGCAACAAGGUUUUCGAGCGCUCUAAGCCACAGUACCAGAACGUUCCAGUUUCGUCCUUCGUCAGCGUCAAGUCGGCAGGCGCCAAAGGCGAUGGUGUAACUGAUGACACUGCAGCAAUUCAAAACAUUCUCAACAAUGCCACUCCCGACCAGGUUGUUUACUUCGACCACGGCGCCUACGUCAUCACCGAUACCGUCAUGGUUCCCUCCAACAUCCGCAUCACCGGAGAGAUCUGGCCUCUCAUCAUGGCUCAAGGUACGGCGUUCUCAGAUAUCAACAAUCCCAAGCCCGUCUUCCAAGUAGGAGCUUCGGGGGAUGUCGGUUCUGUGGAGAUAUCAGAUCUUGUUUUCGAGACCCUCGGCCCCGCCCCUGGUGCUAUUAUAAUGCAAUGGAAUGUUGCAGAGGCGUCUCAGGGCUCUUGUGGCAUGUGGGACGUCCACUUCCGGAUAGGAGGCACUGCGGGAACUCAGCUGCAGCAAGAUACAUGCCAGGCUAACGUCACUGGCUCCUUUGAAUUCAAGCCCCAGUGUGCGGGUUCCUUCUUGUUGAUGCACAUCACGCAAGAGGCAUCUGCCUAUUUGGAAAAUUGCUGGUUCUGGGUGGCUGACCACGAGCUUGACAUCACUACACACAACCAAACCAAUAUUUACAACGGCCGUGGAUUGCUUGUCGAGAGCCAAGGCCCUGUUUGGUUGUACGGAACAUCCUCCGAGCACAGUCAGCUCUACAACUACCAGUUCUCCAAUGCUCGGGAUAUCUUCAUGGGUGCGAUCCAGACGGAAACCCCUUACAUGCAGGCAACUCCGAACGCGUUACAAGGAGGUUUUCCACCCACUUCCGCAUUUUCAGACCCUACCUUUGCCGACUGUACCACUGACUCGUGCAAGAAGUCUUGGGGCUUGCGAAUUGUGGAUUCAAGUGAUAUUCACAUGUACGGUGCAGGUCUCUACAGCUUCUUUGACAACUAUCUGCAAACAUGCUUGGAUACCGAGUCGUGUCAAGAAAACAUGGUCGACAUCCAAUGUUCAUCCAAUAUCAGCUUGUACGGCCUUACCACGAAGGCUUCUGUGAAUAUGGUGAACGUUGAUGGAACUCCUGAAGCUAUCGGACAAGAUCAUGAGAACCUGUUCGGCCAGACUUUGCUUCUGUUCGAGACUUGAAGUAUUGAGCGAUCCGAACCAGAGGAACAUCAGCAUCACCAGGGAGAAAGCAGAAAAGGAAUGAAUAACCAUUAGGAAACAAUGAUGGAGGGACACCGGAGCUGAUUUGUUGUGCAUCUAUUGGACAGUGGGAGAUUGAGCUCAAGCACGAGCGAACCUGCAUGGUUAUGAGCAUAUGAGGUUUUAGCAGGCAUAAGUUACUGUGAUGGCUUGAGAUUCAUGAUACAGGUGUUGGCUGGAAGUUUCAAUGUGCAUUGAGAUACCCCC